GACGCCGUCACUGGGAAGAGUAAACAUCCCCAGUCACAAGUUCAGAUCAGCUAGUUAUUUUUGUCAGUCGAUCACUGACUUUUUUCACCGAGUCAGUUUGUCGUUGUCGUCGUCGUCGUCGUCGCUGUUUUUCGCCUGGCGGAGGCUUCCAGCUCUCUGGUAAAAUGGCUCGCCUCCUCGUUCUGGCUCUAACGCUGUGUGGUGUUUUCACACUUGCAGCUUUCACUGACACCUUUGUUGAAAGUCUGAGCUUCGCCUCCUACUUCUCAGACCACAUGGUGCUGCAGAAGUCUCCGGAGAGCGCAGUGCUGUGGGGAUACGGGCGCGAGGGCAGACUCGUCACCGUCUCCCUGUCCGGGCCAGUGCAUCAGAAAACCUCCCCGGCCACUGUGACGGGAGGUGUCUGGCAGGUCACCCUUGAGCCCGUGGAAGCUGGCGGUCCCUACAGUGUGACGGCGUCCGUCCAGGGCAGCGUGCUCGCGCUCACGCUCACGGACGUGCUGUUCGGCGACGUUUGGCUGUGCGGAGGGCAGAGCAACAUGGCAUUUAAAACAGAUCAGAUUUUCAACGCAUCCGAGGAGCUGGCCCUCGCGCAGACCUACCCUCAUGUGAGACCUUUCAUGGCGUCCUUGAAAAUGAGUGACACCGAGCUGAUUGACCUGAUCCAAGUGCAACUUCCCUGGACUGUGCCCACGGCAGGGUCUGUGGCCGAGUUCUCCGCCGUCUGCUGGCUGUUUGGACGCUACAUGCACGACAUUCUGAAGUACCCCGUGGGACUGGUGGAGUCCUGUUGGGGGGGCACGCCCGUCGAAGCUUGGUCCUCUGCAAGAGCGUUGGAGAAGUGUGGACUACAGCAAAGCACAGACGGGACGAGCAGCCGGAGAAAUGCCUGGGAGAGAAAUUCUGUCUUGUGGAAUUCAAUGAUCCACCCACUGCUCAAAAUGACCAUCAAGGGAGCCAUCUGGUACCAAGGUGAGUCAAACUCAAUGUAUCAUCAGGACGAGUACAAGUGUUCCUUUCCUGCUAUGGUCGAUGACUGGAGGACGGCAUUUCACGAGGGCUCAGGGGGGCAGACGGCUUCCGAUUUCCCCUUUGGGUUCGUCCAGCUGUCCACCUUCCAAAAAGGCUCCACGGGUGAUGCCUUUCCGAACAUCCGCUGGCAUCAGACGGCGGACAUGGGCUAUGUGCCUAACCCACUGAUGCCGCGGACCUUCAUGGCCGUGGCGAUGGAUUUGCCGGAUGAAACGUCUCCUUUUGGCACGAUUCAUCCACGGUACAAGCGGGACGUGGCCCACAGGCUGACACUGGGAGCAAGGGCAGUGGCUUACAAUGAGAAGAACGUGCACUUCCAAGGACCGUUCCCCAAAGAAAUCCUGUCGUCUGGAAGGCACGUCAACAUCACCUACGACCAGACAGUCUCGGUCACACGGUCUAUAAACGCCUUUGAGGUUUGUUGCUCUGGGAUUCAAGCGCCAUGCGGGCCUCAGUCCCUCUGGGUUCCAGCACCUGUCAAGCAGUUGAGUCCGACCACCGUCCAGUUAUGUUCCAUUUUCUGUCCAAUCGCUGACAAAGUAGUGGCUGUUCGAUACGCGUGGAGAGAUUGGCCCUGUGACUUCAAAGCUUGUUCGAUCUACAGCGCCGGCGGGCUUCUACCUGCCCCUCCUUUUUUAUCCGAAUGCUGCCCAGGAAACCAGAACCACACGCUGUGAGAAGACGCAAUUCAAAAGCGAUGAAAUCAGCCGACUGGACAGACACUGCAUCUGUAAAUUGAGUGAUUUUUGAAACUUAGAACCCUUAGUGGCAGUUAGGAAAAAAUAACAUUGGUUCCAAUCUUUAAAGGGGCAGUAAGAGAUUUUAAUCGGAUACACUUUUUGUAAACUUCAGCUAAUAUUUCUUCACGGUUCCACUAGCUGUCGGUUCUGUGUGCGCAGUUUAAAAAAAUAUCUGUGUUUCUGGCAAACAAACAAUCUUUCUCCAAAAUCGCCUACUGCACCUUUAUCGUUCGCUCAAUCUAUGUCAUCAGUACCACUGACAAUAAAUAAAUCCUGCACUGAAUGAAUUAAUAAAAAAAAGCAUGACAAA